AAACGCAUUGACACGGUCUGGUCACUCCAAUUGACGUGGCCUCAAAAUUUUUUGUUCUCUGAAAAUGCAAAAAAGUUUGCAUUUCUUAAUAAUAUAAUUAACAAAACAUAAAACCCGCCCCAGAACCGCCCCCGACACCAGGCAGUGUCCGCAGUCAUCCGGAGUACGCGAAGAGCGCCAGAAACGAGAGUUAGGGCGACAAGUUCGGAGCGGAGAGAAAAGUUUGCGUGAAAAGUGCAGUGAAAAUCGUGUAAUUCCCGUUUGCGGAGCGAGUUACCUGCCAGGGAUUGAAGGCCAUUCCCAGGAAAAGUGUCCAUCCAGCAGAUUCCGCAGCUCGCGCGUGUGUUUCCACGAAGGGAAAAGCGGAAAAGCCCGCAGUCAGCGUGCGCCCGCAGCAAAAUCGCCAAUCAAGGGCGGAAGAAGAAGAGCAACUACAAAGUGCAAGUGCUGGUGGACGGUCAAGAGCUACAGUGUACAUGCCACUGGAAACUGCUCCGAAAGAACGCGAACAUAUGAAUUAGCAGCAUGUCGGCAUACAACCCAAACUUCGUGCCUCCCGCCCAUGCGCCGGUCCCUCUGAACGGCAAUAAUUUGGUAAACGGUCUGCCAGGAGCAGGCCAGCAGCAGCACCAGCACCAGCAACUACCUCCGCCAGGGGCUCAGCAAUAUCUAGCGCAGAAGCUCCCAAUGCAGUUACAGCAGGCGCCUCCGGCAGCAGGAGCUUAUCCAGGAGCAGCAGGUAACAUUCCGAACAAGUUCUUGCCGCCCACGUCCGCAGCAGUUGGGGGUGCUCCGCCUCUUCAAUUGCCUCCCAGUACGGUGCCGCCAAGCACGUUGCCACCGCAUCUGCGUCCGCCGCCGCCCACCAACGCCAACGGACCCAUCACCAAUGGCAGCAAUGGAGCGUCUAGUGCCAACUCCUCGCGCACCGCGUCGCCACGGCCAAUGGGUGCAGCGCAACAACAACUACCAUAUGGCCAAGGAUCUGCAGCUGCAGCGUUAGGGAACCCACCACCCGCAUCAGGCCUGCGUUCGUCUCCCCUACCGGCCACCCAACAACAACAACAACAACCAGCUGUGGCCAAUCUGACGAGCAGUAUGCAGAAUCUGAACUUGAUCCCGAACCGUACUAAUGGAGGUGCCAGCGUCGCGUCGGGACCGCCUCCUCAGCAACAGUAUUCCUUGGCGCAUAAGGAUUACAUGGGCGUGGCUACGGGACAGGGGCGUCCGCCUCAGUUCAUCGAUGAUAAAGGUGUGGCUGGAAUAGUCCCGAACGUCAUGCCGUCGCCUUUCAGUGGACAAAAGCCACCCAAUUUGGGUCCACACCCGUCGAAGAUGUUCGGAACUGCAGCGGCGCCUGGCAGACCCGCACCACCUCUAGCUAGCCAGAGAAUUCCCUAUGGAGUACCGCAUCCGCCUAAUACUGAGCAGCAAAAUCAGCAGAACAACAAUCUGCAAAGAGCGGCGCCGCUUCUAACCACCUGGCCAGAAGAGUUUCAGACCAAGUGUCCUAUGCCACAGCAGGUCCAGCAGCCAAGCCCCUACGCUCAGGCGUAUCCUCCCCCUCCGCAGCAACAGCCAAUGCAGCAGCCACCGCCUCCUGCAGUGCAACCUCCGCCGCCGGGAAUGUUCGGAACGCAACCGGGAGCACCACUCCAGUAUCAAGCCCAAGCGCCGCCCCAGUCCUAUGGACAACAACAACAACAACAGCCACAGCUUGCAGGACCAGCUACUUUUGGCUCUCCCGCUCCGCUGAACGUGGCCCAGCAGGGAUUCAGCCGGCUGUGGGGACAGGACACCAUCGACCUGAUGCAAAACCGGCAUAUUUUGUCGCCGGCUACGCUACCGCCGCCAAAGGUUGUGCUACACAACCAGUUCCAUGAGUCUCAACUGCAGCCCGACAUUAUGCGCUGCACGCUCACCAAGAUCCCCGAGAGCAACUCGCUGCUGCAGAAGUCGCGACUGCCACUGGGCAUUGUGAUUCAUCCCUUCCGCGAUGUGAAUAGCCUGCCCGUGAUUCAGUGCAUCAACAUUGUGCGAUGCCGCCUGUGCCGCACCUACAUCAAUCCCUUUGUUUAUUUUGUGGACAGCAAAAUGUGGAAGUGCAAUUUGUGCUAUCGCGUAAACGAAUUGCCGGAUGAUUUCCAAUUCGAUCCGGCCACGAAAACGUACGGUGACGUGACCCGUCGGCCCGAGGUGCGCUCCAGCACCAUCGAGUUUAUUGCCCCCUCGGAGUACAUGCUGCGUCCGCCGCAGCCAGCCAUGUACCUGUUCCUCUUCGACGUCUCGAUCAUUGCGCAGCAGAGCGGCUCUGAGGCAGCUUGUGCGGUGCUUAACCGUCACCUGGGAAUGCCUGGUGACGCCCGCACCCAGGUGGGCUUCAUCUGCUUCGACAGCUUCGUGCACUUCUACAGCAUGGCCGAGGGCCUUAACCAGCCACACGAAAUGACACUUCUGGAUAUCGAGGACCCAUUCCUGCCGCGUCCCGACAGUCUGCUGGUGAACCUGAAGGAGUGCAAGGAGCUGGUGCGAGACCUGCUCAAGCAGUUGCCCAAGCGCUUUGCCCACACCCACGAUCCGGGCUGCCUUGGAGCUGCUCUGCAGGUCGCCUUCAAGCUAAUGCAAGCAUCUGGCGGUCGCAUCACCGUCUUUCAAUCGUGCCUUCCCAACAAGGGCCCCGGCGCCCUGGAGCCGCGCGAGGAUCCUAACAACCGUUCGGCCAAGGAUGUGGCCCACCUGAAUCCGGCCAGAUUUUAUAAACGCUUCGCUCUAGAGUGCUCUGGCUACCAGAUAGCCUGCGACCUCUUCCUGAUGAACCAGCAGUACAGCGACAUGGCCACUAUCUCUGGCAUCAGUAAGCACAGCGGCGGUUGCGUGCACCACUUCCCGCUUUACCAGAAGACCAAGCCGCACAUGGUGGACUCGUUCCGGACGUGCUUCAAGCGUUACCUGACCCGCAAGAUCGGUUUCGAAGCGGUAAUGCGGAUCCGAUGCACGCGCGGCCUGCAGGUGCACACAUUCCACGGCAACUUCUUUGUGCGCUCCACGGACCUGCUUUCGCUGCCGAACGUGAAUCCAGAUGCCGGCUAUGGCAUGCAGAUCUCCUACGACGAGAGCCUCACGGACGUGAAGACGAUCUGCUUCCAAGCGGCGCUACUGUACACCAACAGCGAGGGAGAGCGCAGGAUUAGGGUGCACACAGUGUGCCUGCCGGUCACGGCAUCUCUGCCAGAGGUUAUGCACUCGGCGGAUACGGAGGCCAUUGUAGGCUUGCUCUCGAAAAUGGCUGUGGACCGUUCGGUGGCGUCCAACUUGUCGGAUGCCCGUGACGCCUUCAUCAACGCCACGAUCGACGUGUUCAAUUCAUUCAAGAUUGCACAAAAUCUGCCCUCCGGCCAGUCUGGUCAGCUGAUAGCGCCGCGCAGCCUGGCAUUGCUGCCCCUCUAUAUUCUCGGGCUGCUUAAGCAUCCCGCAUUCCGCGUGGGCACCAGUACGCGGUUGGAUGAUCGGGUCUUCGCCAUGGACUGCAUGAAGACGCUACCACUAGACCAGCUGAUGAAAUACGUUUACCCGGAGCUGUACAAGAUCGAUGCUUUGAUCUACCACGCCCGCAACUCGAACUCUAGUCCACCGCAAGACGGAGAGGAGGAGGACGAACCGCUACCGGAACUGCCGCGCCUGCAGUUAUCAGCGGAGCACUUGGACUCCCGAUCGAUAUUCCUGAUGGACUGCGGCACGCUGAUAAUGCUCUAUGUCGGACUUAAUGUGCCGUCAGACGUCUUGGAGACGGUGCUGGGCAUCAGCUCCACCGCAGAGCUGGGCGACUAUGUUUACGGAUUGCCAAAUGUGGUGAGCAACGAGAACGAUGUGCUGAAGCGCUUUAUUUUGCGACUCAACUACGACAAGCCCUACUCGGCCCUGGUGCAGAUAAUUAGGGACACGAGCACGGCCAAGGGCCAAUUCAUCGAGAGAUUAUCCGACGAUCGCAGUGAAUCUAGUUUGUCAUACUAUGAAUUUUUGCAACACAUUCGGGCUCAGGUUAAAUAGUACAUAAGCAGGGAAUCCCCUACCACUAUUGUAUGCAACAUAAAUAUGAGUUUCUCAGAACGUAGAAAGCUCCGAAACUCUGGUGACUAAAAUAGAGAAGCGAAUGCUAGCAAACACAAUGGAGACGGAGACGGAGACGAGACCUUUACCCCUUUCCCCACUCUACUCUCGGCUUAGGUAGUAAUUUUAAAGUGCAUGUAUUUAUUUAUUUGUUGAUUUGUUGCACUAAAAAUAAAACUAAAUCAAUUAAAGAAGGCAGAGAGCCAGUUGUCACAAGCGAAACUAGAUAUCGUUGCCAGUAGGAAUUGCGCGAAGAACACAUUAGUCAAAGUCCCGCUAGCCAACCAACCCAAACAACCAGUCAGUAGAGCUCCCAGGCAGCGGAUUGCACUGUUAUUUAUUAAAGCUAUGUUAUACGCAAUAAACUGAACGAAAUAUACACUAUUGUAAAUUAUAAUUUAACGCGAUUUCUUUUCGUUCCACUUCUGCUUAGUAAAUCGUGCUAAAGACCUUAUAAUAACAAAGAUGAGUACACGGUAUGAUUUUUUAUACUUAAAUUUUGUAUAAAAACCAACUAAAAGAUCGCGCUAGAUAGAAAGUUUAAAUUUGUCACUUGCUGAAAAAUUGCUUGGAUAUGUACAUGAAUCCAUCUUGUUAUUAUACAGUCUUUGUGCUAACUUUCAUUGUUAUCGCUUGUUCCCCCUAAAACUUUAUAUUUUGCUGUUAUCACUAGUAUUUAUUUCCGAAAAAUCCAUAUGAAUCACAUUCAUAAUAGUCUAUUAUUUUUAAGUCGGUACGCGACACUGUAGUUAGUGAACUUAUUUUUCAAACGAAUGUGUACGGGAACAGAUUUGGUAUUGUGUAUUGCAUUGAUGGGACACGGACUGCUUGAAAGUGAAUGUCUUAAGCUUAGAUGGAUUAUUGUACUGUAUCAAUAAAGAGACCCCCAAACCCUUUACAACCCCAGGCGAAGCAAACUAAUCGAAAAAACCAUAUAUACAUAUAUGUACUGUACUAUACUUUAUACACAUACGAGAGUGCAUCAAGAUAUAAAGCGAAAUACAUUUUAAUUAAAUCA